AUGCAUAACAUGUUUGGGUGGAGACCUCGGAAAAAGAAAGUUCCGAAUGCUUUGUCAAUCGUAGAACUUAAGGUGCAUAUGGAUUGCCAAGGAUGUGAAGAAAGAAUUAGAAGGGCAAUCUCCAAAUUGAAUGGGGUUGAUAGCUUGGACAUAGACAUGGAUCAGCAGAAGGUGACAGUAACAGGGUAUGUGGAGAAAGGGAAGGUAUUAAGGAUUGUGAGAAGAACAGGAAGAAAGGCAGAAUAUUGGCCAUUCCCUUAUGACAGUGAAUACUACCCUUAUGCCUCCCAAUACUUGGAUGAGUCUACUUUUGCUUCAUCCUAUAACUACUACAGGCAUGGUUACAAUGAGAGUGUUUAUGGCUAUUUUCCAGAUCAAGCAUACUGUACUGUCCAGGAUGACACAGUCUUUCUCUUCAGUGAUGACAACGUUCAUGCACCCUGCACCAUCAUGUGA